GGCCCCGCCCCGCAGCCCAGCCGGAAGGGCCGGCGGACGCUCGCUGGGUCGGCUCGCUGGCUCGGGCUCUGCGGCUCGGGUGGUUGCCAUGGCGGCGGUUGUCGCGGCGACGAGGUGGUGGCGGCUGUUACUGGUGCUGAGCGCCGGGGGGAUGGGGGCCUCGGGCGCCCCGCAGCCCCCCAACAUCCUGCUUCUGCUCAUGGACGACAUGGGAUGGGGCGACCUCGGGGUGUAUGGAGAGCCCUCCAGAGAGACCCCAAAUUUGGACCGGAUGGCUGCCGAAGGGAUGCUUUUCCCAAACUUCUAUUCUGCCAACCCUCUGUGCUCACCAUCCAGGGCGGCACUGCUCACAGGACGGCUGCCCAUCCGCAAUGGCUUCUACACCACCAACGCCCAUGCCAGAAACGCCUACACGCCGCAGGAAAUUGUGGGCGGUAUCCCAGACUCGGAGCAGCUCCUGCCGGAGCUUCUGAAGAAGGCCGGCUACGUCAGCAAGAUCGUCGGCAAGUGGCAUCUGGGUCACAGGCCCCAGUUCCACCCCCUGAAGCACGGAUUUGAUGAGUGGUUUGGAUCCCCCAACUGCCACUUUGGACCUUAUGACAACAAGGCCAGGCCCAACAUCCCUGUGUACAGGGACUGGGAGAUGGUUGGCAGAUACUAUGAAGAAUUUCCGAUUAAUCUGAAGACGGGGGAAGCCAACCUCACCCAAAUCUACCUGCAGGAAGCCCUGGACUUCAUUAAGAGGCAGGCACGGCGCCACCCCUUCUUCCUCUACUGGGCUGUCGACGCCACGCACGCACCCGUCUAUGCCUCCAAACCCUUCCUGGGCACCAGUCAGCGAGGGCGGUAUGGAGAUGCCGCCCGGGAGAUUGAUGACAGCAUUGGAAAGAUGCUGGAGGUUCUCCACGACCUGCACAUCGCGGACAACACCUUCGUCUUCUUCACAUCGGACAACGGCGCUGCCCUCAUUUCCGCCCCCGAACAAGGUGGGUGCUCGCCGUCGGUCCUCGCGGUUUCCCCGCAGCCAGCAUGUCGGUGAGGAGCAGCUGGACUG